AUGAUGAGGGGAAACCAGAGCCGUAUGACUGAAUUCCUCCUUCUGGGACUGACCAGUGAUCCUAAACAUCAGUUGUGGCUCUUUGCCAGCUUCCUGGCCAUGUAUCUGGUCAACGUGGCUGGCAACUCGGUCAUCAUUGCAGCCAUCCGGGGGGAUGCCCGCCUCCACACUCCCAUGUACUUCUUCCUCUCCAGCCUGUCCCUGGUGGACAUCUGCUUUACAACUGUCAUCGUGCCACGGAUGUUACUGAACAUGCUGACUCAGAGAAAGACCAUCCUCUUUGCCCACUGCCUUGCCCAGAUGUAUUUCUUUGUGGCCUUUGGGAUCACCGACAGCUUCCUGCUGGCUGCCAUGGCCAUUGACCGCUACGUGGCCAUCUGCAACCCACUGCAUUACACCACAACCAUGAACUCCAGGCGCUGCCUCCUGCUCGUGACAGCAUCCUGGGUGGUGUCCCACCUCCACUCGCUCACCCACACCAUCCUCAUGGCCCGCCUCUCCUUCUGUGGGCCCAACGUCAUCCACCACUUCUUUUGUGACGUGCAGCCGCUGCUCAUGCUCUCCUGCUCUGACACCUCUGUCAAUGAGCUCCUGGCCUUCACGGAGGGCUCCUUUGUGAUCAUGAGCCCCUUCAUCUUCAUCGUUGUCUCUUACAUCUACAUCACCCGCGCCGUACUGAGGGCCCCUUCCGGGAGAGGCAGGUACAAGGUCUUCUCCACCUGUGGGUCCCACCUCACGGUUGUGGCACUAUUCUAUGGGACCAUAAUAUCCGUGUAUAUCCGCCCCUCGUCCACCUACUCAGUAAUGAAAGAUCGUGUGAUCACUGUCAUCUAUACAGUAGUUACCCCCAUGUUGAACCCUUUUAUCUACAGCCUUAGGAACAAGGACGUGAAGCAGGCCUUGAAAAAGCUGACACAGCAACGAAGACCCAAAACAGCCCCCACUGCAAAGAAAAGCUAA